CGGAGAUGCGUAGAAUUUUUGAAAAUGCACGGAAUUUGAUUGCUUUGAUAUUACUCGUGUCCCUGCACGUUGCCCAGUUUACGCAGCUGUGAAGUGAUGAUUUAAAAAAAAAAAAAAAUCCACGCAUCCAGCAAUCCUUGUCAGGCACGGUGCCACGAAACAAAUCAAAAGUGUCAGGAGCCGCUUAUCUUAAGCAUCUGUAAUUUAACUCGGAUCUCCAGCGUGGAAGCUCAGACCGAUACCCCUCUCGACUCACAAGGUCGGGAUAUCGAUCUGAACUUUCACUUCCCGGCUCCCUGCGUCCCUCUGAGGUGUGGCACCCGCUGUAAAUUACCCCGCGGACGUGGCCCCAUGAACGCACCUGAGCAUUGAAGUGCACGCACGCAAACUAAGUGGAGGUGAUCGUUAACAGCCCGGCAUCUCGUCAAUGUCAUCAAUGUGCCUGCGCCCUGAAUCUAGAUCGAUAAGAGCUGGGCGCCAUGGGGUAGCCGUGCUUCUCGUGCUUCUCCUCUGCGCCAGCUUGUUCCUCGUGUACAACGGCAGCUUCCACAUCGCUUCCAGGGACGCGAACGACACGCACAUCCGACGGCAUGAGCAGCUGCGGCGGCCCACCGAAGCCCCCGCCCGCGUGGCCGAGCCUCACCCCCCGGUGCUCCAGGGAUACAGCGGCAUCAUCGACCAUAAGCCUCUCAGGAUGCACUGCCAGACCUGCGCCCUGGUGACCAGCUCGGGUCAUCUCGUCGGAGGCGGUCGGGGCGAAGAGAUCGACCGGGCCGAGUGCGUCAUCCGCAUGAACGAUGCCCCGACCGCCAGGGGUUACGCCCGCGACGUUGGCCGCCGCACCUCCCUGCGUGUCAUUGCUCACUCCAGCAUGCAGAGGGUCCUGCGGAGUCGCCAUGAGUUGCUCAACGCCAGCCAAGACACGGUGUUCAUCUUCUGGGGCCCCAGCAGCUACAUGAGGCGCGAUGGGAAGGGCCUGGUGUACAACAACCUGAGGCUGAUGAACCAGGUGCUGCCCAAACUCAAAGUCUACAUCAUCUCUUGGCAGAAGAUGCUGCAGUUUGAUGAGCUCUUCAAGAAGGAGACUGGCAAGGACAGGAGGAUAUCAAAUUCCUGGCUGAGCACCGGCUGGUUCACCAUGACCAUCGCCCUGGAGCUGUGUGAUAGGAUCAAUGUCUAUGGCAUGGUUGCCCCUGACUUCUGCAGGGAGCCUCAGCACAACUCCGUCCCCUACCACUACUACGAGCCUCGUGGUCCGGAUGAGUGCGCCAUGUAUAUUUCCCACGAGCGUGGGCGGCGGGGCAGCCACCACCGCUUCAUCACAGAGAAGCGGGUCUUCGCCAACUGGGCACGGACUUUUGACAUCCACUUCUACCAGCCGGACUGGAGCCCCCCGCCUCUCCCAGCCAACCGGACGCUGGAGGGAACGGUCACAGUAGCACACCUGGUGCCCCACAAGACGUGACCGGUGUUGGGGUGAAGAAAAGGCAUUAGAGAUUCAUGUCAGAAUGACUGAGGAUGGGGUACUGGACCCUUAAUAAUACAUGAAAUAGGCAAGAAAAAUAGUUACCACAGAUGAACAUUUGUCCUGUUGGACAUGUGUUAUGAACAUUUCUCCAGCUCCACCACUGAAACUCCAGCAGUGUGUUUUGUUUACUGAGGUGAACCAGUUCAAAGUUUUACGUCCCUUUUUGAAAUACAUGAGGGCAACAUCCUCACAAACUUCACUCUCAACGCAUGCAGUGUCUUACUGUGGAUCCUCCUGGUCUUUGUGUGUGUCCUGUGUGUGUUGUGUGCGUGUGUGUGUGUGUGCGCAUAUGCAUAUGCUUACCAGAGGGCUCACAGAAGAUACGAGCUGAGUUGGGCUCUCCACAUAGCCUCUGUUGGAUGAAGGCUCUAUGCAGGAUUCACUGCUUACAGCUCAUUGAAGGAAAGAUACCAUUACAAUACUCAUAAGCUAACAAUGUAGUGCUGGAGAAUGUGUGUUGAAUAGUAAUAUUAGUGUAGCCUGGUUUACAUUUGGCUAUUUGAAAGUAUGAAUUAUCACUCUUCAGAUGUUAUAUUCCUCUGCGGUUUUCAAAGAUUCAAGAGGUCAAGUAGAUGAGAUUCUUUAGACUCCUGUGUCAUGCAACAAGGCUCACACUCCUUCAAAGGAGGCAUAUAAAUCACUUCCCUGACUUUCAUUUACACUGCCUCUCAGAUGUGUGCAUUGUAGGCUCACUAAAGUGUCACCCAAGUCAAACUUUGCACUGCAGCAUUUCCUGGCUGAAAGACAAGUGUGCAACAUACACUGAGGUUUUAUCUUGUGCGUGUGCACCUCAUCUGGCCCCAUACGUGUGUGUCAUAACGCUUUGUCAGCUCCUGUCACCAGUUAAUAGUGCGAUUUAUAUAGCUACAAGCUGGAUUUCCAUGUAAAUGCACAGCCAUGUCACACAAGACAAGUGGGAGAUUAAGAUCAAGAGUAGGGAUGUCGCAUCAGCAUCCAUCCUACUAUAUUCAUCUGCUGCCGCUUCUGUGAGCCUGGAUCGCCUCGCAGGAGAAUUACACCGUUUGGAAGAAUACUGGGUUUUCUUUUUUUGUUAAACUAAUGAGUAUGUGAUCUGUCACACUCUCCUCU